AUGGGACGUGACCCUUUUGAUGUGUUCAGUGAUUCCACUACUAGUCAAGCCUUGCUUUGGUUUCAGUGGUUUUCGAAAACAAUGGACCAAGAAGUUCAUCUACAGAACAAAAUCAGCAAUUUAGUGAAUGAAACAUUCAGCUGCAUAAGAACAGUGAUCAGUUUCGCUGCUCAGAAACAAACAAUCAACAAGUUAGCACCAUUAUUUCUUCAAAUUCUUCUUACUGAAUUAAUUUUCACUGCUGCUUUAUGCUAUGGAAUAUGGAGAGUGGCCGAUCAAUCGCCUGGAAGAUUGGCAGCGCUUGCCAUUAACAUGCUGUACAUGUGCGUAACAUCGAUCUCCAUCGGUUUUCAUAUCAAUGGAGCGACAGCGGCUCGUCAAAGCGCAAAUCAACUGCGAGAUAUUCUGGACGAAUCUCCACAAAUCGAACGCGACUAUGGCUUUGCCGGUGAUAACCCUCGGCAAUGCUUACCAGGUCCAAAGUACCGGCGCCAAAGCAUGAAAUAUAUGGGAAAAGGGUCCAUCCAUUUCCGUGAUAUCCACUUCAGCUAUCCCAGUAGACCGGAUGUUGAGGUUCUGAAGGGGAUAACUUUCACUGUCGAGGCUGGUGAAAAGGUUGCGCUGGUCGGCUCCAGUGGCUCAGGAAAAAGUACCCUCACGGCACUAUUACUUCGAUUCUACGAUCCUGAUAGUGGAUCGAUCCUACUCGACGGUGACAACCUUAAAACGUUGUGUCCUGAUGAUCUACGAGGGAUGUGCUCGUUGGUGUCGCAAGAGCCAGUGCUAUUUGACGGAACUAUUAGUGACAACAUCCGAUACGGCCGACUUGACGCCACGCAGCAAGAAAUCAAUGAUGCAGCUCGAAAAGUGGGAGCUUGGCAGUUUAUCAGUUCACUGCCGGAAGGAAUGCAAACAAGGGUUGGAGACAGAGGACUGCAAUUGUCAGGUGGCCAAAAACAACGAGUAGCUAUCGCGAGAGCAGUAAUCAGAAAGCCAACAGUAAUGCUAUUCGAUGAGGCCACUUCAGCUUUGGAUAACCUUCAUGAGGAGGAAGUACAACAUGCUAUCGACCUCGCUUCCGAAGGCCUCACUACGAUUACAAUCGCUCACAGGUUGUCAACUGUGAAGAACUGUGAUCGGAUAAUCGUAAUGGAUGAAGGUCGCAUCGUCGAAGAAGGUCCACCAGAUGAACUCUUGGCGAAACACGGCGGGCGAUUUCGAAGUCUUUACAAUGAUCAACGAAUGGAUUUACUUGCUCAUGCCCAGCCGACGUACAAGACAAGCCUAGUUCCAGCCGCUUCCCUCGCCCUUGGAGAGCACUACCGUCCCCAAAUAGUAUAG